GCUGGGCCCCGCGGCGGUGGCGGGGAUCUGUUUUUGGUGGCCUGGGCGGAGGCCGCUGGCGGUGCCUCAAAGGCUGCCCGUCCCCGCCCCGCUUGUUCCUCCUCCGAGAGGCAGACGCUCCUCCGGUUGGAUUCCGCGGGUCGGAUUUAGCGUAUGAAGAUAGAGAAGAUAGCUGCAUGCUUCUGCCUGGCACCCAUCGGGUUCGCUGGCCUCUCCGCUGCAUCCGUUCUUGGGGCCGUCUGUUCUCACGCUCCCUGAUGGAUCUCAGGGAGGUCGUUUCUGCCCUGAAUGAUUUCGCAUCCCUCUCUCUGGCUGAAAGCUGGGACAAUGUGGGGCUGCUGGUGGAACCGAGUCCUCCCCACACUGUGAACACCCUUUUCCUCACUAACGAUCUCACCGAGGAGGUGAUGGAAGAGGCAGUGCAGAAGAAGGCAGACCUUAUUCUGUCUUACCACCCCCCUAUAUUCACACCACUCAAGCGAGUGACGUGGAAGACCUGGAAGGAACGGCUGGUGGUCCGAGCCCUGGAGCACAGAAUCGGGAUUUACUCUCCACAUACAGUAUAUGAUGCCAUACCUCACGGAGUCAAUAACUGGCUAACGAAGGGACUCGGUGCCUGUACUUCUGUCCCAUUGCAUCCAUCAACUGCGCCACACUAUCCAGCUGAGGGCACUCACCACGUAGAAUUCUGCGUGGACAACACCGAGCAUCUGGACAAGGUGCUGUCCAAAAUCAAUGACCUCAAAGAGAUCUCCUGUCUCACUACUCUCCCUGCCAGGGUUGAAGGUGAGGAGCAAACACGAGUCAGUUUGAACUGCUCUCAGAAAGCACUGCUGGAGGUGGUGGCGUUAUUGUCCCAGAACAGCCUUCUUUAUCACAAGACCGAGAUUCUCUUAUUACAAAAGCCUCUUCUUCCCCAUACUGGAAUGGGACGUCUGUGCACACUGAGCGAACCAGUCUCCUUAUCAGACAUAAUUGCGCGUAUCAAAAGCCACCUAAAAUUGCCCCACAUCCGCUUAGCCGUGGGAAUGGGCAAGACGCUAGAAUCGCCAGUGAAGAAAGCUGCUCUGUGUGCUGGUUCUGGGAGCAGCAUCCUAAAGGGAACGGAAGCUGACCUCUAUCUCACAGGAGAGAUGUCCCACCACGACGUUCUGGAUGCAGUUGCCAAUGGGAUAAGUGUUGUUCUGUGUGAGCACAGUAACACUGAGCGAGGCUUCUUGUCAGAGCUGCGUGACAUGCUAGCGAGCCACCUGCAUUACAAAAUCAAUAUAAUCGUGUCUGAGAAAGAUAGAGAUCCCCUCCAGGUGGCAUAGGAGAAAAAAAAACAGCACAGGAGUGAGAGAAUUCAGUCAAGGAUUUCACGGUAUCUUGCACAGACCUAUCCAACUGCAAGCUUAAUGAAGAUGCUCUGAAUUGGUUCAGAGAUGUUUGUAUUGAUAUUGAUUGGUUCAGAAUGAUUGUAUUAUGUUCCCUCAAAGUUUGUGAUGUGUUUUGUCACCUGUCAGAUAAAUAAAUGCUUGGUUUGGGCUACAGAAGGCUGAUUUACUCAAUUACUGGGCUGCACUUGAAUAAAUUUACUGUUACUGCAUACUCUUGUUAGAUAUAUUUGAUAACUGUGAUACUCAAGGAUUGGUUUGGGUAAAAUAUAAAAACCUGACUUAUCUCCCGUUUUAAACUUACACAGCAGUUCUACCCUACUGCAGUUAGGUCGAAUCAUGUCAGCACAAGUCAUUGAUAUUUUAGCUAAUAAAUCACACACCUAGCUAACGAAGGUGUAGAUGACCUGUUUGCAUUAACAGUUUUGUUAAGACAUCACUCAUAUGCAAAUAUAGAACACAAUUCGGGUAUUUGGUACGAGUAUUCAAUUGCACAACCUACCAUUAAUGCAGCUUUAAGGCUUUUUCGCAGAGGGACUUUCAAUUAAAAAAGCUUUGGAAGGUUACAACUCAAUUCCUUAACAAAGCUGUAAAUUAAUUUAAUGUGCCUUUGUUACAUUCUUUUAAAAACAGUUUCUGUAACUAUGGUUCUUAAUUACAGGAUUACUAAAACUGAACAAGUAGCAUUUUCACCACUGGCAAUGCUUGGGUUUUAUUUUUUAAGUUAGGCUUUUCGUUGUGUUUUCUUUUUUUUUCAAAGACAAAAAAUCUCGCAGUUGCAUACCUUACCCUCUCUGCAUUAUGUGCACACCAGAAAAAUAUUUAAACAAAAUGAAAAUAUUUCCAUUGCAAAUUUGUAAAGAUUUUGGCACCAUCCUUUUAAGUUUGUUAAUAAAAGUGGCUCAUCAAGCAA